CUUAAUUUUAGUUCUCUCGUCCCUAUAUUAUUAACAUAAAUUAAAUUAAAUAUCAAUUUAUCUUAUCAGAUGGAAGCUAGAUAUAAGAUAACAACACAAGCAACCAUAUUUCACACUAAUCGUUGUGGAUUACGCGAAAAUGCUGGUUUUAAUUCUCUUAGGUUUAGUUAUUUGUGUGAGUGGACAGGAUUAUGAAUUAAAUAUUGUACAUUACAAUGAUUUUCAUGCGAGGUUCGUUGAGACUAGUCAAUCGGGUAGGAUUUGUGAUCCAGCUGCAGGACCUUGCAUUGGGGGCUUCGCCAGGCUGGCGACAAAGAUCCGAGAAUCAGUGCAAAAACAGCCCAACUCUCUGGUGCUGAACGGCGGUGAUACCUUCCAAGGUACCAUCUGGUUCAAUCUUUUGAAGUGGAACGUGACGAAAGACUUUAUGAAUAUGGUGUAUCAUGAUGCUCAUGUACUAGGAAACCAUGAAUUCGAUCAUGGAGUUUCGGAACUGGUUCCCUACCUCAAAAACCUUGAUCAUCAAGUGGUAACAGCCAACAUAAUAGAUGAUGAGGAGCCCAGUAUUCAGGGGUUAUAUAAGCCAAGUAUUGUGGUGGAGAAGAAUGGAAGAAAGAUUGGUAUCAUUGGUGUUAUUAUUUCAAGUACUCAUGAGUUAGCCUCGACUGGAAAACUAAAAUUCACAGACGAAGUAGAAACAGUAAAAGCGGAAGCUGAGAAGUUGACUCAACAAGGCGUGGAUAUUAUUGUCGUUUUGUCACACUGUGGUAUAAAUAUUGAUGAAGAGAUAGCUCGUCGUGCGGGACCUCACAUUGACAUAAUUGUAGGUGGGCAUAGCCACUCACUUCUAUAUAAUGGAGAACCACCUAUAAACUCUUCUUACGUCCCAUAUGGCCCGUACCCUCUAACUGUUGAAAAUGAACUUAAACGAAAAGUAUUAAUAGUACAAGCGGGUGCGCAUACAGAAUAUCUGGGAGAAAUUAAAUUAACUUUCGAUGAUGCCGGUCAUAUAACGGAUUGGACCGGAAAUCCACAUUAUCUAGGACCGGAAGUUAAAGAAGCUCCUGAUGUAAUGGAGAAAAUCAACGAAUAUUUACCAAGAAUAAACGAACUAGCAAAAAGGAAAGUCGGUGAAUCAAAAGUAUUCCUCUCUGCAGACUGUCGCUGUGGAGAAUGUAAUCUAGGAAACCUAAUUUGUGAUGCUUUUAUGCAUGCUGUCAUGAAUAAAGCUACAGGAAGUAAUUGGCAUUACGCUCGCUUCUGUGUUAUGAACAGAGGGUCCAUUCGGAGUGACAUUGUCAGCGGAGACAUAACGUUCGAAGCCAUGUUACAGUCUAUGCCAUUUGAGAAUAAUGUUGAGGUGUUUGACUUACGUGGAGACCAUGUUUUGGAGAUGUUGGAAUACAGCGUGGCUAAUCAACCUUGGCCUGGGGCAAGGAUGUUGCAAUACUCUGGUCUUCGCGUUAACUUCGACGGUUCUAGGCCACUCAAUCAGCGAGUUCUCAAUGUGACUGUGCGAUGUAUUGAAUGUGAAGUGCCACGUUACGAGCCUUUGGACCCCAAUAAGACGUACAAAAUCGUGUCACAAAAUUUCUUGGCUGAAGGAGGAGAUGGGUUUACUAUGAUAUCGAAAAAUCGUGGGCCGAGAGAAAUCAUUGGUAUAGACAGUGACGUCUUUAUGAGUUACUUAGAGAGAGAACUCCCCGUUAUCAGAGACCAGGAUGGACGGAUACAUAUAACGAAUGCCUGCGAAAACGAAAACUGAUGAUCUUCCAAUAGAAAUUAAAUACAAAAUAUAUAUACAUAAAUGUACGAAAUUCAGAAAUAAUUAGAAUACCUGCAAGAUUGCGGUGGAUAUAUUGUAAUUUGGAAGCCAUUAAACUGCAAAAUU